CAGCCCUCGGUCCCGUCCCGACGGGAAGCGGGGCCGGCCCGGCCUGAGGCGAGCGGCGCUCGCCGCGGGCUGAGCUCCGCGGCGGCCUGGUCUUCCCCCCUUGCUCCUGGGAAAUCCAGAAGAAGGUCCACGUGUCUGUGUGUGCCCAGUGCUCCUGGGGAGAUGUCCAGUGUUUCCAGCUACGCCCUUCGCAUGGCCCGGCUGAGUGCCCAGAUAUUCGGCGACGUUGUCAGGCCCACAGACUCCAAAUCCAUGAAGGUGGUGAAGCUGUUCAGCGAGCAGCCCCUGGGCAAGCGGGAGGAGGUGUACAACUGGUACCCCCCUCACAACACCUACUACGCCCUCAUGAAGAAACUCCGCUACUUCGGGCUCUACAGGGAUGAGCAUCAGGACUUCAGGGAGGAGAUGAGGCGACUGAAAAAGCUCCGUGGGAAGGAAAAACCAAAGAAGGGGGAAGGAAAGAGAGCUCUCAAGAAGAAAUAGUGCUGCUUGAACAGUGUAACUGACUUCUCUAGAAAUGCUGGGGAGUGGCUGGAGAAGGCUUGGCAUGUGAGCUGCAUGUGGGGCACAAGAAACACGCUGUGAAAUUGCGGACUCCACCUUGGGAAUGCGUUUGGGUCUUUGAAGUUUUACUGGUUUUGAAUUUCUAUACUUCAAAUAUACUCUAUAUUGCAGCACAGUAAUAAAAAAAGAAGUGCUCAGUGUUUUUCUUGAAACCAGCUGUAGCUGUUUCAGUUUUUCUUGAUCUGGAAAUUGUUUACUUUUCAUUGUCUGUUUUACUUUCUUGAUAUCAACACUUUUGUAUGUGUCCACAAAAAAACAAGGAUUUCUGCUUCUGCAGCUGCUUGUCAAUCUUACCUGUUAUAAUUAGCUUCAUUUCAGGUAUCUCUAGUGCUAUUUUUUAAUGGUUUUUUUAAGGUUUUAGGUUUUUUAAGUUGCUGUUACACUCUGUUGUUCUGUGCUUUUCACUGGACAAUACUUCCCAGACCACUGCCUGCCCACAGCACUCUCAUUGUACCCUAAACUUUCAGAUACUAAAAUAGAAGAGUCUGAAAUACUAAGUAACUAAAUCCAUAUAAUAAUGGAACUAUUAUAUGCAAUAAUUAAAUUUUAAAUAUUUUUUUAUAGUAAACUUAUUCUGAUUGCCUGCAAGACAUGUAUGAAACACCACCUAAGAUGAUGAACAUUUUUAUUCAUUCAAUAGGGGUUUUAUCACUAGGCUUCUUUGGUUGCUACUAUUAAUCAUUGGUGGAGCGACAUAAAUUUGUAACAGCUCUAGCUCACCAAGGUUAUUAAUUGAAGAGGUGCUGAUUGUGUUAAAAGGUGUUUCUGAUGAGCUGCAUAGUUCUUGUUCUGUGUCCUUACUUUAUGUUACCUGCUUUUCAAAGCUCUAAGAGAAGCUGAUUUUAGGAAAUCUACAGUGUUGUAGGAGAAGCACCUGAGUUCUUACCAUAGUUAAACAAAUGCUGUUGAAGUUACUAUUUUAUAUGUACUGCUCUCUAUGGCAGAGUAAGUUUCUCUCUUAUUCUAAUUUAAAAUCCUUUUAGUAACUUAGAACUUUUGCUCAACUGUAAUGUGUUUAAGACAUUUUGUGUUCUGUGUGUUGUCUGUGGGUUGUGACCUGUCUGGUGCUGAAGUACCUGGAGCUUGUGAUGGGCCCUCCAAGAAGUUCGUGGUUCCUGGGACAUGUGUUUGCAGCUGAGGAGAAGGGUCUGGUUCCCUUGAAUUCACCUUUGGGAAGAAGGGCAGCAUGGACUCACAUACUGGGCAGCAAAGAGAAUUAUCCAAGUAGAAAGGUUGCUGCUGUCUGACACUUUCUGCCUAGGAGUGUGAGGGGUGAAGUUGUUAUAUUGCUUGCUUUGGUGAAGAGAAAGACCCAUUCUGAACCUCUUCAGCAGAGCUACUGCAGCAGAUCUGCACAGCUCUUGAUGGCUUCUAAAAUUAAAUCUAAGAUAAACAACGUUUUCCCUGCUAUUUAAGAUGAAAAAUCAAGACCAUCUCUUCUGGUGCUGCAAAACUUAAGGCUUUCACAGUAUAAACACACAAGGGGCCAAAAGUAUGCAUGCAUCAAAAAGGGAAUUGUAGUUCUGUAAAGGAAGUAUGAAUGGCCUUAAACUUUGUGUGUGCGGGCACACUUGGUAAUGAGUAACUUAUAGCAAUAUAUAAAAUACUUGUACAACAUGAUGAAACUGACAGAAGUGCCUGUGAAGUAGGAAAUGUGAGACAAAUGGACUGAAUUGUUAAUUUUCACCUUUUUUGUGCAGCAUUUACAAAAGCAAAUGGAUGGAGGAAAGAAAACCAAACCUUCUGAAAAAGCAUAAGAGAGGUUGCCCUGCCUAAUUUUUCAUUAUUUUUCUUCAGUAAUACUCAUUUGCUAGAACUUCGUCUUUUCAAAAAUGGUUGUUUUCCUUCCCCUAAGUCUUCACCCUAAAAUAAUGAUGACUCAGCCAGUAUUGGAGCAUAUCCUAGUGUUAGCAUAACCCAUUGCUUGCUGGGACCAUUAGCUUUACUAUUUUGUUAGAGAAAAUACAGCCUUCUCCUUUCCAUAGCUGGGAUAGGAAUAGGCACUUUCCUACCUCCCUUAUAACCUGUGCUCUGUCAUUUAAUAGGAAUAGGCAUAGCCUGAAGAAGACUGCAUUUCAUUAAUCACAUGGACUAGACAGAUUGGGAGUCAAUCCUGAAGCAUCACACAAGGUAUAAUGCAUUAGGUAUAUUUAGGAGAGGAAGGAGAGUUCCAGCCAUGUUCUGAGGGGUAAGGAUAGGAACAUUAUGCCUUAUACAGUUAUUGGUAUAAUGGUGUUUUAUGUACAUCCAUUUCAUGUAUGGAUUACCAAGUUUAACUUGAUCUUUAUUUUCAGUUUUCCCCUUAAAAUGAUUUUUUUCACCAUUAAAACUGCUGUUUUGUUACAAAAUUCACUCUUUUCCUGAGGAUAUGAACUGACUGCCCUCAGAAGAUGUAUGUUUUAACUCUUGAUCAAAAUAAACCUGGUUAGCUGACCUCCAAGGGGCUGAGAGUAAAAACUAACCUCUUCCCAAUCCUGAGCAGCUUUACUAAGUGCUACUGUUCCUUUAUUUUGCAGUGCUCUAGCUAUGCCUGUCUUUAAUUAGACUCGUGUGAUGUAUUCAUAGCUGCUGAGCACUGCUGUGAUAAUCACAAGCUAUUUUGUAAACAGGCUGACCCAGUUGCUGUAUAUAUCCUAUAGGGAGUGCAGCUAGUGCCAGAACCUCUUACUAUUGCAAGCCCUGCAGACAGGCAGAAGUUCACUUGCAUGUGACUGUACUUUGUAAUGGUGGAAAGAAGAAAAACCACUCAGUCUUGCUUUUUGGCAGACCUACCAGUGUGUUAAAAUAUCUGUGCUCUGCUCAGAAAAGUAGUAACUUGAACAACGUUUCUCCUAAUGUGGAAAGAGUCUAUUCUACUAAUUAAAACAGCGUGCUGAGUUUACACAGCUCUGAGUGAAAUGCACCCGAAUUUCUCUAAGGUUUUAGAUAAAUGCUUUGUCUUGCUUGCCUUUUCUUCCCCAAGAGUAAAAUUAGAAUAAUGAUCACUUAGUGAACAGCAUCAUGAGGUUAAGCUGCUUCGAGGAUGGGAGUUUACCCCAGGAGAACCCUGUAAUGGGCAGCUUAGUCUGGCUUCUCUGGUAGGACUUGUAGCUCUGUUGUUUCAGAGCGAUGGUUGUAUACAACAGCUGAGGACAUUUUUAACACAUUAGAGAAGCUGUGGUAUGUUACUUGGGUUGCUGUUCUGUAUUAAAUGUUUAAAAUGUCAAGUGCUGAAAAAAUCUUGAUUUGGUCAGAAAGUAAGAAUAAAAGAAAAUCACAAUUAUGUCUUAAACUAUAAAUAUUUUUUGAAAAUUUGAAGUAUCUAUGUACAUCUUCCUCUACCAAUUUGAGUUUGAAGCCUUAUUUUAGGAUAAUUUAGAAAAACAAUCAACAAAGACUGAAAAGAUUCACAAA